AUGGAACAUCUGGAGUUUCUAAAUUUAUCACUUACAAAGGUUAAAGAGGUACCCCCAUCAAUUAGAAAUCUAGUUGGGCUUCAAAAAUUACGCCUGGUUAAGUGCAGUAUACAAGAAAUCCCUGAUGACCUCUUUUGCUUAACCUCAUUACAAGAGUUAGAUCUGAGUUGGACCAAAAUUAAGAGCAUACCUGCAAGUGUCAAACAAGCUGCUCAACUGUCUCGUCUGUUCCUCAAGAAUUGCAAGAGCCUUGAAUCUUUACCAGAGUUCCCCCCAUUGUUGCAACGUCUUAAAGCAGAUGGUUGCACGUCACUGAAGACAGUGUCAAGUUCAAGCACUGCAAUCACACAAGGUUGGGAAGAAUAUAUAUUUUCUAGAAGGCUUCAUGAGAAACAUAUAUUUUCUGAUUGCCCAAAGUUGGAUGAGAAUGCACGAAGCAACAUAAUGGCUGAUGCACAGCUCAGAAUUAUGCGAAUGGCAACUGCAUCGUCAAAGUUUAAAGAAGACAAAAUUGAACAACCAUCAUAUGAUUCAGAUAGUAGUGAUGAUUCAGAUAAUAGCUACGAUGACUAUGAGGAAUCUUUACGCAAGAGAUCUUUUGUUGCCAUUAGUUGUACUGGGAAUGAAAUUCCAAAUUGGUUCAGCCAUAAAAGUGAGGGAUGUUCAAUAAAGAUUGAGCUUCCUCGCGAUUGGUUUAGCACAAAUUUCUUGGGUUUCGCUCUAUCUCUUGUUGUUGCUGCUGCUGUUGAUCCAUGUGAGUGGGAUCCGGACAUUAUAUGCAAAUACAACGCCAAAACUAGUCAUGAAGUCAACCAUCAUUUGUAUGCUCAGCACCUUGAAUAUGUCACAGAAUCACAUGAGGUGUAUGUGUGGUGGCAUAAUAAUGUCUUUGAAGAAGUUGUAGAGGGAGCUCAAAGCCUCGCUGCAUUUUACAAACUUGUUACUGAAGUCAAUGUUGACUUCACCGUGACUCUUUUUGAUAGUGAACCCGUUCCGGUGGAGAAGUGUGGGAUAUGCAUGUUGUAUGGCAAAGAUGUUGAGAUGAUAAAGCAGAGGGCUUUGUAG